AUGGCUUCCGCCUCACAAGAUGCUUUUUCAACGGAGCUGCCGAUCGAGAUUGCCAGCACCUUGCAAGCAGGCCACAUCAGAAGCAGCCCAGACCCCGCCCUCGACAUGGCACCCGGCACCGCCGCCGACGACAAGGAGAUACUCGACGAAAAGUACGAUUACGACGCGCUGCAGCACAAGGCUGCUCAUCAGCUCGACGACAUUGACGACGACGAGGAUGACAUUCCAUACAGCGUCCUCAAGCGUCCGCGUCGCCAGCGCCAGGCGCUGCCGCCUUUGCCUGACCUGCGCUUCGAGCAAAGCUACCUCAAGAGCAUCGCUACGGCCGACUCGUGGUGGAAGAUUGCGCUCAUCACAACACGAGAUCAGGUCAUUAUGCCUUUAGCUCAGGGAAUCAUCUACAACCUGUUGCUUUGCGGCUGGCAGGAAUGGAAUCGCAAUGCUAAAAUUCAUGGCAACACUAUCGGCGCCCGUGUCCGCCGAUGGUGGUACGGCGUCAACAGCUGGAUAAUCCCCAGCAAUGGCCAGCAUCGCCACUACCGCGGAUGA